AUGGCUGGCAUCAAAAUCAUCUGGGGCGCAGGCUCACUCAUGUAUGACACCUCAUACCCGACUCCUGAAUCCGUCAACGAGGUCCUCGAUGUUCUCCAAGCCAAUGGCAUCAAAACCCUCGAUACUGCCAAGAUCUACGAUAAAUCCGAGGAGCUAUUGGGAAAGGUUCACGCUGAUUCCCGCUUUACCAUUGAUUCAAAAUAUCCUGGUGGGCUUUCAGCUGAGGCUUCCAGCCCAGAGUCUCUUGUUGCAACCUUGAAUGAGAGCUUGGCCCGUCUUCAAACAGAUCAGCUUGAUGUCUAUUACAUGCAUGCCCCCGAUCGCAGAAGCUCAACCGAAGACCUGCUGGCCAGUAUCAACGCUUCAUACCAGGCUGGAAAGUUCAAGCGUUUUGGGCUGUCCAACUAUCUAGCGGAGGAGAUCGAAGAGGUGAUCCGCAUCUGUCGUGAAAAGAAUUACGUCGUGCCAAGUGUCUACCAGGGCAACUACUCCGCCGUUGCACGCCGAGGCGAAAAAUUGAUCUUCCCUACGCUGCGGAAGCAUAACAUCUCUUUCUAUGCUUAUUCACCCAUCGCAGGAGGGUUCCUGACCAAGGAUGUAGCGACAUUGGUCUCCGGCGGUGAGGGUCGAUGGGAUCCAAACUCACUAUAUGGUGGACUCUACAAUUCGCUUUUCAAUAAACCUGACAUGCUGAAGGGGCUGGAACAAUGGGAGAAAAUCUCCAAGGAUUCUGGCAUCUCCAAGGCUGAGCUGGCAUAUCGAUGGGUGGCGUAUAACUCGAUCCUCAAAGAAGAACUCGGAGACGGUGUGAUUGUUGGCUCGCGGAAUGUUGAGCAGUUGAAGCAGACGCUUGCGGCGCUGAGCAAGGGUCCUCUUAGUGCAGAUAUCGCUGCACAGAUUGAGCAAGUGUGGAAGAUUGUCGAGGCUGAUUCGCCUUUAGACACCUUCAACGGUUUAGUCCAGAGUGACAAGGUGUCUGAGGCCUAG